AUGGUUUCUCAAGACCAAAGUAAGGACUCUGGCUCCAAAAAAAAUGGAGGUAAGGAGCUUGGAAUGGUAACUCCUCAAGACAAGCCCUUGAAGAAGAUGAAGUUUGUUUCAUCUGCUGAGACAGAACCAACCAGCACGACAACAAUUUCUGAGGAUUCAAAGUCAGGUCGAGGUAUGAGCACAAUGCCUCGUGUUGUGAAGAGAAAAUUGCAGAAAAUCAAGCCAGUUGUUGAGUACAAUAAAAGGGGGAAAGGAUGUGGCCCUGCACAUACUGAGAUGCAGUCCUACAUUGGUGUGUUGGCACGCUCCAGAGUCCCACUUGUGGACAAGAAAUGGGCUGAAAUCCCCAAGGAUAUAAAGGAGCAGAUUUGGGAAGCCGUUGACAUGGCUUUUGUGGUAGGUCAAGGGGGCAAGACCUCGGUGUUAUCUUCUGCUGCCAAGAAAUGGAAGGAUUUCAAGUCUACACUGACGAGGCAUUAUAUCCUUCCAUACAUCAAGGAGAGGGAGAAAUUAAGCCAACCCCCUGAAGUAUAUAAAUUCAUAGAGAAAGCAGAAUGGGGAUGCCUUUGUAGUGUAACGACCCGGUCCUAA